GGGUGUAACAUAUUUUUUUAAGGAUAAAUGGGUGGUGUUUAAUUGCUGUGGCCUGUGGGGUUUUUCCUGCGUGACAUACUGACAUAUCAACUGUGGUGGAGAAAGGGUGUUCACAUGUUGUGCGGUGAAUGGUACAGAUGAUAGAGCAGACUAUAAUGAUAUGCUCGUGGGACAAUUCUGGAUGCGGCUUUUGUUGCAGUCACUGUCAAACUUAUACGGCUGUUCUUGUAUGGGAUAUAUUCCAACCUUAUCUUCAUUUUCCUACCAUUUUUCUCUCUCUCCUUCCUUUUCUACGUGUCAAGUAACAUCUAGUUGAGAACAAACACAGUAGUCAAAUAUGCAUAAAAACAUAUCAAAUUAGAUCUAUGAUUGCCUGUUAGCAUUCGGGUCCUCCUUAGACACAAAGCUAAGAUCAUGAAAAAUUGAUUGGUUACUGCAUAUUUGUUAUGUGUUGUUAGUUUAUUACAGAACCAUGAACUCCUUGAGAGCUAAAGGAAGUCGCCACCAGCAACAAAAAGCAAAAGAUAGUGAUGUCACACUAUCUUUCUAUUCUCUCCAUGUUCCCCACUUCUAUUCUGACUUUUCCUCUGUUUUGUCGUUUUAUUUAUUUUUGUUAUUUUGGAUUCUUCUGUCCACCAAUCUGAUAAUUGGUUUGGUCGAAUCGUACAGUUUCCCGAAGCAACAAAACUCUUCCCUCCCCAUUCCAAUAAGUUACAGUUUCUCAAGUCUUAUCCUCUUUGCUAUAUUAUGUCUGUGGUUCACAAAAUAAAACAGGGCAUAUUCUUUUAACCAUGGGUGUUUACAAAAUGAUGUGGCUUGAGUGUCUUUGACUGGCAACUAAGGUUCGUCAAAGUUUUGAAUAAUGUAUAUUUUACAAUAAAAAUAAAUGAUCUUCUGUAGUAUACGUGAUGCAAGCAAGGUUCAGUCUCUUGUCUUUAUUCAUUCUAUUAUAUGAAUGGGUGAUUGAGGCCAAAGACAGUUCAACAUAUAUUAUCUGCUGACGCUUCUUUGAUGAAGUAGAAGAAAAAGAAGAAGAAGUACAUAAACCAGAGUUAACUCGCCCCUCUCAAAAUAUUCCUAUGAUCAGCAGUCGAUUUUUUGGUCAACCAUGAACGUAAAUCAAGUUUCAGAGUAUGUCGAAACCGAUCCCACUGGACGCUACGGACGUUUUGCAGAAGUUCUUGGAAGGGGAUCGAUGAAGACAGUGUACAAAGCAAUCGACGAGAUGCUGGGAAUAGAAGUAGCGUGGAGCCAGGUUCAGCUAAAAGAGGUUCUCCGUUCCUCUGUUGAUAUACAGAGGCUCUACUCGGAGGUUCAUCUUCUCAGCACUCUAAACCACAAAUCCAUCAUUCGUUUCUACACUUCCUGGAUCGAUGUCCGUUCCCACACUCUCAACUUCAUCACCGAGUUGUUCACUUCUGGGACCCUCCGACAAUACAAAAACAAGUACUUGCGGAUAGAUAUCAGAGCAAUCAAGUCAUGGGCUCGGCAGAUCUUGGAAGGGCUUGUUUAUCUCCACGGGCACGACCCUCCUGUUAUCCACAGAGACCUCAAGUGUGACAAUAUCUUUGUUAAUGGACAUCUUGGACAAGUCAAAAUUGGCGAUCUUGGUCUUGCAAGAAUGCUGCAAGACUGCCGCUCUGCCCAUAGUAUCCUCGGCACUCCCGAGUUCAUGGCUCCAGAGUUAUAUGAAGAAAACUAUAAUGAGCUCAUUGACGUUUAUUCCUUUGGUAUGUGUUUUCUGGAGAUGAUCACUUCUGAGUUCCCGUAUAGUGAAUGCAACAAUCCGGCGCAGAUUUACAAGAAAGUUGUUGCGGGAAAGCUGCCAGGAGCCUUUUACAGAGUUAGAGACAUUGAGGCACAGAGGUUCAUCAGUAAAUGCCUCGUGCCUGCCUCAAAGAGAGUCUCAGCAAGAGAACUAUUGCAAGAUCCAUUUCUAGCGUCUGAAGAGUCCUGGAUGGUGUACGCGAGAGGAGCUGAGAAUCUGAAGCCCUUCUUGAACGAGAAUGAAAUGGACAGACUUAAGUUGGAAGAUGAUGAGUUAGGAAUAGGAAGGAGCCAUAUGACCAUCACUGGGAAGCUGAACGCUGAAGAUAACAACACAAUCUUCCUGAACGUAAUAAUCGCAGAUGAAGAUGGUAAGGCUAAGAAAGUUUCUUUCCCCUUUGACAUCAUGAAUGAUACUUCCAUUGAUGUUGCAAAGGAGAUGGUGAAAGAACUCGAGAUCACAGAUUGGGAGCCAGUCGAGAUUGCUAAAAUGAUUGAUGGAGAGAUCUCUUCUUUGGUGCCUGGUUGGAGGUACGAGGAGGAAGAUAAUGAAAACCCUCAUUUCAACUCUUCUUCCUCGCAUUCAUCAUCCUCUCAAGCUUCACUCUCUAGCUACAAGGCACAAGGCCGUCAAGAUUGGCUACAAGGUAUGGAAAGUAACAGUGCAGAUGAUUUUCACGAUGAGACGGAUUCUCAGAGUUCUUCCAAUUCAGGGUCCUUUUCCCACGUCAACUACAUUUAUGUUGAUGAGCACAGCCCUCAACCUCCUGCUAUGAACAGGACCCACAACGUGACGAGGUUCUGCCCCGAAGAAAGCUCUCGUCUACAUUCAGGACACGCCAACAUGUAUGGAACUUCCAGUUCGAGUAACUGGAGACUGGCAUCAGACAACCGCGCACUUACGAGGAACCGCUCACUUGUAGACGUGCAGAGGAAGUUACUGCAACGGUCUCUGGUGGAAGAGGCUAGGAAGAGAAGGUUGAUCAAAACCGUUGGAGAUGUAGAAAACGUUGGGUUUCAGUCACCUUAUGCGGUUUCCCGGAAGCCACAGAUCUCAAGGCGCUAGUUUCUCCCAUAUUUUGAACAUACUGUAAAUUUUUUGUUCAUGUAAUAUCUAUAAUGCAACGUGAACAUACUGUAUAUUUUGAACAUUCGGCUUAUGUUUUUUUUUUGAAAAAUCAUUCGGCUUA